AUGAUUCUCAACCUGGCAGUCACUCCUGGAGAGGUGGCCACUUCUCUCAUUUUGGUGAUGGUUUUUGUUUUUGUGAGAGCUCUCAGGAGCAAGGGCAGAAAGCAGCUGCCUCCUCCUGGCCCUUGGUCCUUUCCCAUCAUAGGGAAUCUUUUCCAGCUUGGAGAUCAUCCUUACCUUACGUUAAUGGAGAUGAGGAAGAAAUAUGGAGAUGUCUUUCUCCUCAAACUUAGCAUGGUGCCUGUCUUGGUGGUAAAUGGAAUGGAAAUGGUGAAACAAGUACUACUUAAGGAUGGGGAGCAUUUUGCAGGCAGACCUAACAUGUACACAUUCGCUUUCCUGGCAGAAGGAAAGAGUCUUUCAUUUUCAGUGAAUUACGGAGAGAGUUGGAAACUUCAUAAAAAAAUUGCCUCUAAGGCCUUACGAACUCUUUCUAACGCAGAAGCAAAAUCCUCCACUUGCUCUUGUUUACUUGAGGAGCAUGUCACUGAGGAAGUUUCUGAACUGGUGACAGUCUUUGUAGAGUUGUCUUCCAAGAAUGGCGGCUUUGACCCCAGAAAUGCGAUCACCUGUGCGGUGGCCAAUGUUGUCUGUGCCCUUUGCUUUGGCAAGAGAUAUGAUCACAGUGAUGAGGAAUUUCUUAAGAUAGUUAAAACGAAUGACGACUUACUCAAGGCCUCCAGUGGUGCUAACCCUGCCGAUUUCAUACCAUGUCUCUGCUACCUUCCACUGCAGAUUAUAAACUCUCCUCGGAAGUUUUAUCAGGCCCUGAAUGGGUUUAUUGCACUACACGUACAAGAUCAUCUUGCUACAUAUGAUAAGGAUCAUAUCCGAGACAUUACUGAUGCUCUGAUUAAUGUAUGCCACAACAAAUAUGCUACUACCAAAACAGACACCUUGAAUGACAGUGAAAUCAUAAGCACUGUGAAUGACCUCUUUGGAGCUGGGUUUGAAACAGUAUCAACAUGUCUAUAUUGGAGCUUUCUUUAUUUGAUACAUUAUCCAGAAAUUCAAGCCAAAAUUCAAGAAGAAAUUGAUGGAAACAUUGGGCUGAAACCACCCAGAUUUGAAGACAGGAAAAUUUUGCCAUACACAGAAGCUUUCAUAAAUGAAGUAUUCAGACAUGCCUCUUUUCUUCCAUUUACUAUUCCACAUUGUACUACAGCGGACACCACUCUGAAUGGCUAUUUCAUUCCCAGGAAAACAUGCACGUUUAUUAACAUGUAUCAAGUAAACCACGAUGAAACUAUUUGGGAUAAUCCUAGCUUAUUUAGACCUGACAGAUUUCUAAAUGAAAACAGAGAACUGAAUAAAAGCCUCGUCGAGAAAGUUUUGAUAUUUGGAAUGGGCAUCCGGAAGUGUCUGGGAGAAGAUGUUGCACGCAAUGAGAUAUUCAUCUUCAUCACUACUGUUCUGCAGCAGCUCAAGCUGAAAAAAUGCCCCAGAGCCAAACUAGACCUGACUCCUGCAUACGGGUUAGUCAUGAGGCCAAAACCAUACCAACUUCAAGCAGAACUCCGCUCCUCAGGGAGUUCAUCUGCUUAG